UUUCGCUACGUGUGCAGUUCUCGCAUCGCUGCCACUGAAACUGCUGAUUGGAGCGAGGGCCCGUGCUGGCAGCAGUACGAGCCAGUAUCGAAUGGGGCCACGUGUGCUGACGUUUCAUGCCCAACCCUGGGAAGUUGCAGAUCGGUAGAUGGGGGGAGUCUUGCCGGCUUACUAAGUACAUCCUAAGUAAAAGAGGCCUCCAGUGUUGACCCCCCUCCCCCAGCAGCCUGCCGGCUCACUGGCGGUGACGGAAUACCCGAGUCCUUGGCUCGUCGAUGGAGGAGCAGCCUGGACGCCCUCCGCAGCACCGCGACCAUGGAGCAGCAGAAACGACUCCUCAGCAGCAGCACCAUCAUCGCCACCCACUGAAACAUGAGCAGAAAUACGGCCUCCAGCAGCAGGAAGCGCCGAAGACGAAAACAGGUUAUGGAGAACUGAAUGGUAAUGCAGGAGAAAGAGAAGUGACAAGAAGCCUGGAACUUGAGUCAAGUAAUACAGGUUUCUCCAGGUUAACAAAUGGCAACCAGCAAAUUGUAGACAUAAACUCCAAGCAGUCUGUUCAAGGUAGCGCUCUCAAAGUUGGAAGCAAAACUAAGAUUUGUGUCCAGAAAACCAGUAUGGACAGAAAAAAUGACAAAACCUAUGAAAGUAAACUGAAAGAGGGCAAAUCCAUGGACAAAAUGGAAGCAAUAGCCAUUCCAAAUGGAGUUGCAACUAACAGUUCUGGUUAUAUUACAAAUGGUUAUUUAGGAAAAAAUGCAGAUAAUGAUGGCAGUGGAUCUGAGAGUGGGUACACCACACCUAAAAAGAGAAAAGCUAGGCGUAAUAGCAUCAAGGGUUCUGAAAAUUUGAAUUUGCUGUCAGAAGGUUUGAUGCAACAGGAUGAUAGAGUAAUGCAACAAGAGUUUAAUUCCUUAGCCUCAAAACAGGAGUUUGAGAACUCUAAAUUGGAGUCUGCUGAACAGAAGGGGGCACGGUUUGAAAGUGCCAAAACUGUGGGGAAGUAUGAAGUUGGUAUUUUAGGAACAGUUCGUGGAAAACCUGGCUCUGGAGAUGUACAGAGAAAGAACUCUGAUGCCAAGCCUGGGCCUAGUAAGAAGUUUGAUGACCGACCUAAGGGAAAGUCGUCUACUUCAGUUUCCUCAAAAGAGGACUCUUGGACCUUGUUUAAACCGCCCCCUGUUUUUCCAGUGGACAAUAGUAGUGCUAAAAUUGUACCUAAAAUCAGUUAUGCAAGCAAAGUUAAAGAGAAUCUCAACAAAGCGUCCCAGAAUCCUUUACCAGUGUCGUCCUCCUCCUCCUCAUCCUCCUCUUCAUCAUCAUCUUCCUCUUGCUCCUCAACCGGGGAUAGUCAGACUCAAGCAUCUAGUCGGCUGUGCCAAGUUCCAAUGUCUGCAAUGAAAUCUGUUACAUCUGCAAGCUUUUCUAAUGGCCCUGUUUUGGGUGGAUCUGAUGGGAAUUUGUGUCCCUUAGGGACUCAGACAUUGCUCACCACUGCUGCUAGUAAUGUAACACCAUCUUCUACUGGGCCUGAUACAGUGACAUCUACAGCCAGUGUUGCAUCUUCAACAGUUAUUGAGCAGAAAAAGCCUAGCCUUUUCAUGUAUCCUUCAAAUAUGCAAUCCAUUUUUUCAGGCACUACACAAGUAGAACUGCCAUCACAGAUCCUGGGAGAUAUUUUCCAGAACCAGUGGGGAUUGUCAUUUAUAAAUGAACCAAGUGCUGGCCCAGAGCCCAGUACUGGAAAAUCAGUGGACAGUAGAACAACAGAAGUAACAUUUCAAGGGGAAUAUCCUGCCUCACUGGUUGCACAGGGUGCUGAUAUACAGCCCUCAGGAACUGAACACCCUGUGUUUCCAAAAGCCUAUGAGUUAGACAAACGGACUAACUGUCUUAGUGGCAUUUUAAAACCAGUUUCUCUGUCUGCUAGUGAGGGUGGAGUCUUAACCCAGGAGUCUGUCCCAGCUGCUGAACUUCAGAAGACAGAUAUUGGGAGUCCAGGUGCUAUAGUAUUUGUCUCUAAGGACUUUGAAGCCCCUCAGGCCUCUCCUACAAAUGUUUUAUUAGCCUCAGCCAAAGAACAGAGGAACCAGAGAGGCCUAGACAUAAAAGAUGGCUUGGGGUCCUUUGACUUGAGAGCUGCUAUUCUAUAUCACACUAAAGAAAUGGAAUCUGUUUGGAACUUGCAAAAGCAAGAUCCUUCAAGAGUAGUCACUUAUGAUGAAGCCAUGGAUCGUCCAGAUCAAUGAAGGUAGCAGGACAGACUUCCUGUUUUUACCUUUCUUGCAGCGUUUGCUGUUUAAAAUUAUAGACUUGUUUACUCCAAAUGUUCACUGCAGCAGUGGAAUCGUAAGGAGAAUCAUAAAAAUAUAUAUAAUUAUUUAAAAAGACCAUUGAAAAAAAUAUUUCAGCCCAUUGGGAAAACUGUACAAGUGUUCACGAUAACAUUGAAAGAGUUCUGGUACUUGACUACAGCCUUUCCCACAAAACAUGCAUCUAGUAGAGUCCAUGAAAAAGGAAUUGUGAGAAUUGCACAUUGGGUGGUUUUGACCGUUCCUGCUUUCUUGUACUUCAGCUGUUGCACCACUGAAGAAAGAGUUUUCACUUGAACACGAAGGCAUUUGUUCUUCUUCUGUGAUUGUCUGGAUGCCAUAAUCACAGGAAAACUGGGAGGUGUUGUGAACUUAUUCCAUGGAGAUUCCUUUUUGUCCUCUUCCCUUCUCCUUUCACGUUGAAAGCCACACACAAAUGCUGGAAAAUGCCUUGAAGUUUGUAGUGUUUUAAUUUUUUGUCUCUAACAAGAAUAUUCACAUUUGCCCGGAUUGAGGCAGUCAGUGAGGCAUUCUGGAAGGUGGAAUAGUCAACCAGUCAUCUUGAGGGGGAAAAAGGGAGAAAGAUGGCAAUUCGGCUAUUUUUGGUUCUUUGGUUUUAGAGUUGAUGCACCUUUCAGCUCUUCAUUGGAUUUCUGAAGCGUAGUUUGACGUGUGUCAGCAGACCAAGAGGAGCAGUCUAGUUAGGUACUCUGUAAAACUGUUUGCAUCUUUAUCCAUCACUGUACAGCUGGGAGCAAGAAAAAAGGAAACCAUGUUUUGCUUUCAGUGUAGGUGCUUUAUGUUAGCCGUAUUUGUCUUUUAACACUGAAUGUCCUUCCACUCUUCCAGGUGACUCAGAAAUAUCCUCCAUAGCUUUUUUUCCGCCACUCUUGAUUCCCUUACAGGAAAGUUAAAAAAUAAAAAAAAAUUAAAAAUUAAAAAAAAAAAAAAAAAAUAAAAAAAUGGCACUGGACUGAAAUAUCCUCUUCCUCUGUAAACAGUUUAAAAGUUUCCCUAAUGUUCAUCAGUGUUUACCAUAGAAACAGAAUCUGGUGGCAGAUGAGGACCGCUUGGCCUACCCAUUCUUUGUGUAUGUGUGCAUUAUUCAAAUGUAGUCUGCUUAGUUCUGAGUUUUUCAGCCUCUUUUGACUAUCUGAAGCCAUUGUGCACAUAAUACUGCAUGCCUUCCACCAUCUGUACAUGAUUUGUGCAGGUGGUGACAGAACAGUUUUAGGCAAAAGUUUUAGUGACCAUGUCCCAUUACUGGACAAGCAUCAAGGAUGUACAUCUUUAAACCAUUGCAGUUGCCUUUCACAUUACAUUUUGUGUAACAUUUUAGGGUGUAGGGACUAAAUGGAUUUUAUCAACAUUUACCCUUUUUGGUUUAACAUCAGUAACAAAACUAAACUGGAGUUUUGCCUUAUUUGAAUGUUGUUCCAUAUUAAAAUUCUGCUUGCAGUCUGUUGUCAACUGUAGGUGCUCUAGUUUUCCAGCUGUCAUCUACUGAUGGUAGUGUGUUUUUACUCCAUCUUGUGAUUUCAGCAGUUUCAAGCAUAUUUGAAAAGGAAGAUGGCAGGAUGAAAGAUCUGUCCCUAGUGUUUAUCUGAAAAGUAGUUAUUGUGAAAGGAAGCUUUGUUUCACAGCAGGAGAAGUUAAUGUUUAAUGGUCAUAACAGUUAUUAAUUCUUAGUUCUGUAGUGUAAUCUAUCAUGGAUUAGAGCGUUAUUCUAAAAACUCUGAAAGACGUUACCUAAUUUUCCCUUUUUUUUUUUUUUUUUUUUUUUUUUUUUAUAAAGUUGUGGCAUACCAUUGUGCAAUUUCACAAUAGUUCUGACCAUUGUGCACAUACAGUGUUUAUGUGUAGAAUCUGAGUGUGCAACCUUUCUGAUAUAGGCCCUGUUUUGCUACUCUUGCCUUCACUCUUUGAUCAGAUCCACUAACCAUAUUUUUUCCCAAAUUUUUAUCUUCGGCAGUACAUUAUGCCAUACCUAGAUACCUGUAUUGAUUUAAGUAGUUGUGACACAAAAGUAAUGUGCUUUCAAGUCAUUCAUUAAAAACCAUUUUAUAUGCAAACACCUUUUUUUUUCAGUGUUUGCUGCUGUAGUAAAAUUCCAUUCUUCCAUCAGUAUAAGAAGAACUUGAGGGCUUGCUGUACUAAAGUCAGUGGAACUAUUUUAUUUCUUUUGUAUGCAUCAGUUAGGUAAUUAAUUAGUGCCAUUCAUUGUCUGAUACGACCCUUGUUAGUCAGUUGAUGACCCUGAUUAAUUACUGAAAUUGAACAUAAUGUGGAUAUCAGGUGAAGUGAAAACAUUAUAUGGCUUGUUUUAGAAGACUGUGUCCAGUACGCUGUCCCCAUGUUGACACCAGAAUGUAGGGGAGCAUGUGGGUGAAUAUUACUACACAGCAUGCAUGGAAAUGAAACUUUUGCGUUAAAAUGGAUUACAAAAGGUUUUGAGGCAUUAAUGGCAUGAUGAUUUGUGCCAGAACUGUGUAUAUCACUGUAACAAUGUAGUCACCACAUGGUGCCUAGUUAGUUAAUUUAGGACUUAUGUCUUUGAGAUGAAAACUCCUUGACAUGAGCACAGUUAGAAUUAUUCCCUCUGAUGUUAUAGCUGAGGAGAGUUAGAACCAUUAGACGCCAACACUUGACUGUGGUACCAGUUUAAUUUAUUGUGUAGGAAAACUCAUUCCCCUGGUUUGUCUUAAUAGUUAGUUGAGUUGCAAUGUUUACAAGUUAAUCAUUUUAAUUUUACUGUUUUAAGAAGGAACAUUGAGUAUGUGACUCAGUUAAUAAACUGGUUAGUAGGGGAAGGUUGCAGCAUUCUCAGUGUUGCAAAUCCUUUGGGGAUUUUAGCCCUUUUUCCAGCCUGGUUUGCCUUUUUGUUUCCUUACCUUUUUAGUUUCAUAGAUGCUAAUACUGUAGUGUCAUUGCUUACUUGCUUAAGCAGACUAUUUGGUGAUCUUUGGCUUAUGUUCUACUCUGUGUACUAUUUUAGAUCACUGAACGUUUUUUUUCUAGGCAUUGCUCUGCAGUGUUGUAUCUCAUAUGGAGGUCAGUGGACUGCUUGAAAUUUGUUAUGCAUAUGUUUGAAGAAAUCAAGAAAAAGUAUUACAUUGACACUUGUUCACAUUAA